AUGUAUUCAGUGGGGAGUGGUGCUACCUUCCCAUUUCCAGCUAUAGGUCUUCCUGAUGAUGAUCUGCCCAGGUGGCUAGCUCUUCUUGCGCAAAAUUUGAAGGAUGCUGAUGAUGAUUUUGCAUAUGGAGCGAUGGCAAGAUCAACAGACAUAGUCUUGUCAAAGAGCUCCAAGCAUGUUGAGGAGAAGUAUGCAGACUAUCUCUCUGCUUUGAACAAAAAGCAGAUAGUUUGCAUUGGUCCCUUGAUCGCUGCUGAUGCUAACAGGCACGGGGAUAUCGAGAUCAUGAAAUGGCUAAAUGGGAAGAAUCUUGAUUCUACCAUAUACAUCUCCUUUGGCAGUGAAUUAUUUUUAUCCAAGAAGCAGAUUGAGGAAAUAGCAAAAGGGCUGGAUCUUUGUGAUGCUAACUUCUUGUGGGUGAUCAGAUUUCCUGCUGAGGUGGAGGCGGGCCUGGGCAUCAGACUGAUCGAAGAAGAACUGCCUGCAGGGUUUCUUGAAACAGUGAAGGAGAUGGGCGCCAUAGACAAAGAUAUUAGGCCAUCCGAGUAUAGGUGGCUUUCCAUGCCGAUGAAUGUUGAUCAGCCUAUGAACGCUCAGCUAAUGGUGGAGCUCGGGGUUGGUGUGGUGGUGGAAAAGGAUCAUGAAAAUGAAGUUUAUGUGGGAGAGGAGGUUGCCAAAGCAAUCAAUAAGGUGAUUGUGGAGAAGAAUGUGUUGUAUGAAGGUCUGAGGAGCAGGGCUCAGAAAUUGAGUGAGACGUUGAGAGAGAAGGAAGACGAAGAGGUGAAUGAAGUAGCUCAGCAGCUAUUGAAGAUUUGUGCCAAGAACAAGAAAUAA